AUGAGUGUCCCUGCUGAUAUUCAGGCUGAGGCCAUUUCUAUUGUCCACAAAUUUAUUCAAAGUAUAGACAAAUCCUUAGCCGAAGAAUUUUUAAAGAAAGCUAAAUCGAAACCGAGCGCUAAAAAGUUGCCAAGUUUGACUGAAAUUAUUGUACAAUAUAGGAAACUGAAAAAUACCAAUGUUGUUAAACAAGCAGAAAGUGAUGAAAAAAUUAAGUCUAAAAAGCCUGUUCAAGUUAAUGGUAAGGCACCAUCAACAAACAACAAAAAAGAGUCGUCAGAUUCGGAUAGUUCUGAAGAUGAAAAACCACCUGUAAAAUCAGCUAGUGUAAAAGCAUCUGCAAACCUUAAAACACCUAUCAAAAAACCUGAAUCAUCUGAUGACAGUGACAGUAGUGAUGACAAUGCUACAGUUAAGCCUAAAAAACAGCCAGUAAAACCAACAGCUUCAAAUGCUACAGCAAAAGUAAUUAAGAAGCAGUCAUCAUCUGAUGACAGCAGCGAUGAUGAACCCAAAACACAGAAUAAAAUAAAUGUUUUAAAACAAGCUGUCAAACCACCUACUAAACCAACUAAGGCUAAUGAUUCUUCAGAUGAAAGUUCUGAUGACAGUGAUAACAAACAAUCUAAAACACAACAAAAGGUGACUGCAAAACCAAAAGAACUAUCCGCAAAGCCAACACCUGGAAAAAAUGCUGUAACAAAAAAAGAAUCUUCUGAUAGUGAUGAUAGCAGUGAAGAUGAUAAUAGUAAGAAACCUGUAGUGAGGCCCCCUGUUAAAGCAGUUCCUGUGAAAAAACAAGAGUCUUCAGAUGACAGUUCAGAUGAUAGUGAUGAUGAAAAACCUCAAAAUAAAGUCACUACACAGCCUGCUACAGUCAAUGCUACUAAGGCAGCUACUAUUAAAAAGCAAGAGUCAUCAGACAGUGACAGUAGUGAUGACAAAUCUAAGAUUAUUCAAAAGUCAAAUCAAAAACCUGGUGGACUGCCUAAACCAGCUGUAAAAGCAACAGCACCUAAAUCUCAGGAAUCUUCUGACGAUGACAGUGAUGACAGUGAUGAUGGAAAGCCUAAAGCAGUUCAGAAAACUCUUACAAAACCACAAGCAACUCCAGCCAAAAAGCCAAAUAAAUUAGAAGCAUCUAAAAAGCAAGCAUCAUCCUCUGAAGAUAGUGAUGAGGAUAGCAGUGAUGAUGCCAGCAAAAAGCAGCCCAAAGCAGCACCUAAACUUCAAACUACACCAGCCACAAAAGUUGUUACUAAAAAACAGGAGUCGUCAUCGGAAGAAAGCGAUAGCAGCAAUGAUGAUUCAAAGAAAUCUUCCCAAAAGCAGAUCUUAAAACCUGGUAUUAACAAGCCUAAUAUAAAAUCUACUCCAGCUAAAAAACAAAAAUCAUCUUCUGAAGACAGUGAUGAUAGCAGUGAAGAUGAGAAAACAAGCUCUUCUAAGCAGAAUGCAGCCAUCAAAGUUCAAACUCCUACUUCAAAGAUGGCUUUAAAAACACCUGUUAAAAAGAAGGAAUCUUCAGAUGAUAGCGAUGACAGCAGUGAAGAAGAAGGUUCUAAAAUAGUCCAAAAAACACCGUCAAAACAAGCAACAACGACACCAGCAAAAGCAUCUGUAAAAAAAUCAUCAUCUGAAGAUGAUAGCAGUGAAGAUGAAGAGCCAAAGAAAGUCAACCCCUUAGUAAACACUCCAAAAACACCAGUAAAUCACAAAUCUAGCAAAAAGGAUUCAAGUGAAGACAGUAGUGAAGAAGAUGAACCCCAACAAGCAGCUAAAAAAUCUAAAGAAGCAGCAUCAUCAGAUGACAGUGAUGAUGAUGAUGAUGGUCCACCAGCUAAAGUAACUAAGAAAGGAAAGUCUGAAAAUGAACAGGUUGCACAAAAUGGUUUCCAAAGUGGUAAAAAACGAAAAGCAUCUGGUGGUGAUCCAACUCCAGCCAAGAAACCAUAUAGUAACUUUGUAAAGGGUUCAAAAGUAGUUUCUACACCCUCUGAAAAGGAUAAUGAAGCAAAUACUAAACCCACUCCAUUCAGACGCGUUGUACCUGAAAAAGUAGAAGUGGACCCUAGACUUAAGGAUAAUUCAUUUGAAGCUAAGGAGGGCGAGGACCAAAAUGGUGAGGAAGAAGAUGACGAAUCCGAAAAUAACAAAUCAGGCAGUUGGCAAGAUCGGGGGCAAGGCGGGUUUAAUCGUGGCAGGGGAGGGUUUAAUGACAGGGGAGGUCGUGGUGGUUUUAAAGAUAGGGGGGGUAGAGGAGGCUUUAGAGGUGGAAGGGGAGGAUUUGGCGAUAGAGGUGGAAGGGGAGGAUUUGGCAAUAGAGGAGGUGGAAGGGGAGGAUUUGGCGAUAGAGGUGGAAGGGGUGGAUUUAACGAUAGAGGAGGCAGAGGAGGUCGGGGUGGUGAAAGGGGUGGAUGGGGUAACCGCGGCGGUCGUGGUGAUCGCCAUUCUUGGGGUGGGGAUAAAGGAGGAUUUAAUAAGGGCGGAUUUAAUGACAGAAAAAGUUUUGAAGGAGGGGAUAAUUCACAGAAUAAAAAAAUAGUGUUCGAUUAA